AUGAAUGAGAAUAAGAUUGAUUAUUUAGGAAGGAUUCAACAAAACCAUAUACUAAAUGGUGAUUGUUCGAGUCACUAUUUUGAUAUGAGAAAUGCUUCAAAUAUUGGAAAUUUUAGUCAACCAUUUUCAAUGGAACAAUCAUCAUCUAGCACAAUUAUAAGCCGUUUUGAGUCACCAAAUUCAGCUUUUUAUGCAACAGAGAUUUGCAUGGGAUUUCCAUGUUAUGAUUUGGAGUAUCCUUUGUAUCAAUGUCCAAGGGAAAAUAUUUUCCAUGAUUCUUCAACAAACCAAACUAGCAAUAACUUUGAUUUGUCAAAUUUUAACACUUUGCAACCAUUGGUUAGAUCAUCUCAGUUGAAUAGUGAUGAUCAAUGUUGUAGAUCUCCUCAGAAAUCCAAUGGAAAUUUUCAACAUAAGUUCUUCAUUGAUGAUGCGGCUCCAUUGAUUCAUUCUAAUGGAAAUCAAGAUCAUAAAGUUUCAUGUGGUUCAUAUGAUUUUCCUGUUGUUUCUCAGUUGAAUUUCUCUUAUCAGCAAGAGAAAGUUUCUCGAACAAUGUCAACAGGAAAUGUGUCAACAACUUCUGGAAACCCUUGUGGUUCACCAGUCUCGAGUAAGACAAGAAUAAGAUGGACUCAAGAUCUUCAUGAGAAGUUUGUUGAGUGUGUGAAUCGUCUUGGAGGUGCCGAGAAGGCGACGCCAAAAGCCAUAUUAAGGCUGAUGGAAUCAGAUGGAUUGACAAUCUUCCAUGUUAAAAGUCAUCUGCAGAAAUAUAGAAUUGCGAAAUACAUGCCAGAACCAGCCCAAGGGAAAUGUGAGAAAAGAACUCAUGUAGAGAAUGUGCAUCUCGAUGUCAAAUCUGGCUUGCAAAUAAGAGAGGCGCUUCAGCUUCAACUCGAUGUUCAAAGGCGUCUUCACGAACAACUCGAGAUUCAGAGAAAAUUACAGUUACGAAUUGAGGAACAAGGAAAACAGUUGAAGAUGAUGUUUGACCAACAGCAGAAGACAAAUAUUGGCCAACUGAACACUCAGAAUUUGGAUAAUACAUCAAAUAAUGAUUCACAAAUUAGUCCUAAAGAUAUUGAGGUUUCGAUUUUGGAAGGAUCGGAAAAUACCUUAUUCCCUUCAAAGAUAAGUUAG